UUAUAAUUACCCGUUUAUAUUAUAUACAGAUGCGUCAAAUAUUGCAUGGGCUGGCGCAUUAAUGCAGAAAAAAUAUGAAAAAAUAAGCGCCAUAGCUUAUUGCAGUAAAACUCUAAAUAAGACAGAAUCCAAUUACCCAGCAACACAUGGCGAACUUGCCGCCAUAGUACACUCACUGAAUAUAUUUAGACCUAUAAUCUACGGGUCUGAACUCCUAAUCAUGACAGACCAUAAACCUCUAAUCUUUCUUUUUGAAAAGGCCCAAGUUAAUGCAAAAUUAAAUCGCUGGCUAAUGGAAAUACAAGAAAUAAACCCAAAAAUUUGUUAUAUAGAAGGCAAAAAUAAUUCAUUGGCCGAUGCAUUGUCGCGCGUAAAAAUAGAUUCAGCAAUAGAUUGGAAUAAAAUAAAAGAAAAAUACUUCCGAGAAGAAAUCCCAUAUAUAUUAAAUGGAGAAGAAAUAACUUUAAAUAGAAAUACAAUCGAAAUAGAAACAUUAAAAGACAAAAACCUAAAAAUAAUUUUGAAAAAUAUAAAAGAAAAUUGGUUAAAUUAUGAGGAAACGGGAGAUGAAGAAUUAAAACCCUUUUAUAAAAUAAAGGAUGAAUUAUAUUGUGAAGGUAAUAUAAUUAUGAAAAAUUUAGCACAAAUUGUUAUCCCCGAGAGUCUAAAAAAGCCAAUAUUAAACCUCCUACAUAAAGCCCAUUUUGGUAUCGAAAAAACUAAAUGUAGAGGCAGAAAAUUAUUGUGGUGGCCUAAUUUUGGAAAAGACAUAGAAAAUUACAUAAAAGCGUGUGAGAUAUGUCAAAGAAAUUCAAAUAAACCACCAAAAUCAAACCCAAAAAAUAAAUGGCCAAUUGCGAGUUUUCCCAUGGAAAGAAUCCAUGCUGACCUAGCAGGCCCUAUUUGGAAUACAAAUUUUUUAAUAGUAGUAGACGCAUACACUAGAUAUAUUUGGGCAUUUCAAAUAAACAAUAUUACUUCAAAAGUAAUAAUAUCAACAUUUAAUGACAUAUUUUGUUUGUUUGGCAACCCAAAAACCCUGAUAACAGAUAAUGGGACACAGUUUUGCUCUACGGAGACAGAAAAUUUUCUCAUAGAGCAAGGAGUUGAACAUCUGACAAGCCCAAUUUAUCACCCAUCCUCUAACGGAUGUGCCGAAAAAGCUGUUCAAACAUUUAAAAAGGGACUAAAAAAGUUAUUAGAAGAAAAAUAUGAAAUAAAAGAAGCCAUAAAAAUAUUCCUAAAAGAAUAUAGGUCAACACCCAUCCCUAAAAUAGGAGAUUCACCGGCACACCGAAUGUUUAAAAGAGAAAUGAAUACACAAAUUGAUAAGCUGAGACGCCGGCAGGGAAAAAUAGGACAUACCGUAAGAAAACAAACAAUAGUCUCGCCGAGAAAAGCACCAACAUUUUCAAAUGGAGAUCUUGUUUGGGCGUGGGUAAACAAAGAAUGGCUACCUGGAACGAUUAUACAACUGAUAGGAGAUAGAAUGUUUGCCGUCAAAAUAAAUGAGGAAGAGAAAAUGAUUCACCUGGACCAUAUAAAAAGUCGCCGUUCAUCCUCUCGACCCAUCACACAAAAACUUCAUCAAGAGUAA